AUGACGAUGCUCUCUUACACAGGCAGUGGCCCCUACUGCUACGCACACAGCCUAUACAUGAUCCUCCAAGCCUUAGCCCCAGAUACGCGCUCAAUCCCAGCGUCCGGAUUCAUCGAGUGUCUGACAACGAUGCCCUUCGGCAAGCUCUUCAUCAACCUCGACACCGGCCCCGUCUCCUUCUUCAGCAACCCACACACAGACCCAGAUGAGGGGCUCCGUGUGGCAAUUGAGACAUUGGGAUGGGAGUGUACUGAGCAUCGCGGCGGCGAUGCUGAAUCCGCUCUCUCAGCAUUGCGUGGCGCACUCAGAGACGGCGGGCCUGUUUUAGCUGGCCCGCUUAACAUGGGCCGUCUCACCUAUUACCCGGGACACAAGGAGCUGAAUGGAGCGGAUCAUUUUGUCGUGGUUAUAGGGAUUGAUGAUAAAAACGGAACCAUUCUCCUUCAUGACCCGGCGGGGUAUCCAGCCGUGCAUAUACUGAAGGAGGAUUUCAUCAACGCGUGGCAUGCCGAAGGUGUCGAGUAUAAUGAGCAGCCAUUCGUCUUCCGCUCCCACUUCCGCCAUGUCAAGGACGUUCCCCGCACAGAGAUGAUCGCUCGCACGCUUGGGAUCCUCGCCGAGCAGAUCAGGAACAAUGUUAUGGUUGUUCCAGACUCGGUUGGCGGAGCUGCGGCCCUGGAACGCACUCUAGAGGCUGUGCAGAAUUUGGUCCCUACUGUCAUAAAUGAGCUAGCGCCAUUCACUUUCCCACUUGCGGCAAGGCGGUACUUGGAUGCGAGAGACUUUUUGGUGGAGGCCGGGCACGUACAUGCGGCGGCGAUCAUGGAGAAACAGGCGGCGUUGGCUGGCAAGGCACAAUAUCCUGCUCUGCAGGGAAACUGGGAGGAAGUCUGUAUAAUUCUAGAGGGGUUUAUUGAGCUUGAGUCGCAGUUGGUGAAUAGCCUCGAGUGUUUGGAACGCUAG